AAUUGUGAGCUUCCAAUACAAUUCAAAAUAAAUUAAAACGUUUGAUGGUCAAAGCUCGGACCAUUGUUCCGUAACAAAUAUAAAACCGGCGAUAACAUCAUUUCAACCAUAUUCGGAAUUCACCAGCGGUGCAAGGUGAGCCGCAGUUUUGUUUGACAAUUUUCUCGCAAGUCGACCAAGUCAUGUUUGUGAAGUUGAUUUUGUCGUUCGUCAGUUUCUACUGUGCAAGCGCGGCUUUGCCAUCCUACAUACAAGUAUGCAAAAAGAAUGUUCCCGAUAUGACCGCCUGCAUAAUAAAUUCGGUAGACACGCUGAGACCGAAACUGGCUGAAGGGAUUCCCGAACUCGGAGUGCCUUCCAUAGAGCCCUUACCACUACCUGAGAUCAAGUUGAGAAGCGGUCCCAAAUCGGCGAAAAUUGACGCAAAUAUCACCAACAUCAAAGUUUGGGGGCCUUCUUCAUUCGAAGUCCUGGAACUCAGACCAGAAGUGGCCAAGAACAGAUUCGUAUUCAGAAUAAACAUACCUCACCUGUAUUUCAAAGGCGACUAUGACAUUGACAUCAAUGUCGUAAUACUGAAAUACAAAGGACAAGGUCCAAUCACUGGAAAUUUCACCAAUAUGCAAGCUGACGUUCUCCUCAAAGGCCACCUGAAAGAAAUAGACGGAAAAGCGCACCUCCAUUUCGAAAAGUUCAAAAUUCAACUUAGCAUUCAAAAGAGUUAUCUCCACCUCGGAGAACUGUUCGCACAACAAGCUCACCUGGGAACAGCAACCAAUGAAGUGAUAAACGGAAACUCCGAUCUGUUCGUCAACGAAAUCAAACCGGCGCUGGAAUCAUCUUUGGCGGACAUAUUCACGGAAGCAGCGAACAGCAUUUGCAAAUCUUUCACAUACGACGAAUUGUUUCCAGAAAACUAAGCAUUAUGAAGGACAGUUUUUGUUAAGUUGGCGAGAAUUAUGAUAUUCAGUAACUAGAUGAACGCUUGAGACGCUAAUUAUUGCACGAUCCUCGUAUCGAGGAAUUUCAGGGGUAUACAAAAUAUUUGUUGAUUUCAUAAAUGUAUUUUUUUCUCAAAUAUAAUAGGUGGAAACCGAA